AUGGAUCUGCAAAGUAAGGGAAAGAAAGCGGGAAAGGCGCGGAUCCCGGACCAUCUCAGACGACGUGCGCUGGUAAGUUGCGACAGGUGCAAGAAGAGGAGGAUCAGAUGUACUCGUGGAAAUGGUGCAGAUGCACAUGAUGCGUGCGUGAGUUGCCUCGAGGUGGGCGCAAAAUGCGAGUCUACGCUUCCUCGGAAAACACGAAUCUACGGAAGUGUGGAAACGUUGAGUGUACGAUAUCGUGUUUUGGAUACUCUUAUCAAAGGGCUGUUUCCGUCGAAUGACACAAAUAAUAUUGACGAGCUUUAUUCCAUUGCGGAAGAUCAUGGUAUCGCUCUUCCGGUAUUCAAUGAGCAGACGGUGGCGGAUGAAGUUUUCAGCAACCCUCCUGCAAAACAGAUAUCAAGCUCCCCGCGAGAAGUCUCAGGAGAUUCAAACAGGAGUCCGUCUGUUCCGUCGAGAGAGCUGCCAAGUUUAGAUGAUGAAGAGACGGCAAAGGCCAAAGAGGAAAAGCUGGUUCCCAUGCCAAACGGACCCUCUCAUUAUAUUGGCCCAUCAAGCUCAUUUGGCUUCGUUUUGACGGUUCGGAAUAUGGUUGCUGAGUUCAAUGCAGCUCUGAGAACCAUCCAGCCGGAAGACCACCUAGUGGACGAGCGAAGCAAGAUCUCAUCGGAAUUCGCUGGCUCAACAUGGAGCAAAGCACUUGACCCGAUCAACAAGGAAGAAAGUGAUGAAUCUUCAGACGGUGCCGACCGAGGGCAAUCUUCUCGUCAAAGAAAUCCUCAAAUUCAGACACGACCUCCAUACUUGGCUGGACCCGUGAGCACGUCAGUAUCAGCUCCUGCAAGAUCAAAGAGAGCCACUGUGCUUUCCAUGCUCCCGGAAAAGAGAGUCUGCGAUGCCUUCAUACAUGCAUAUUUCGAGAACGGUCAUCCGAAUUAUUUACUCUUCCAUAGACCAACUUUUCUAAACCGGUAUCAGGCCAUGUGGGAGCAUCCGAACUUACUGAUGCGCGAUGUGGAGCCGGGUUGGAUAUGUUGCGUUUUCAUGAUGAUGGUGUUUGGUGCUCAAGCACUAGAGUCAGAAAAUGUUCCACAUUCAAUCCAGAUACAGCGCCACUAUCUGGAUCUCGUACAGGCGAGAAUGCAUCAACUUGUUAGUGCGACGACCCUGAUCAAUGUUCAAGCUCUUUUGCUUCUUCAACUUUAUCAGCACAAUUGCACGGAACGAAAUAGCGCAUUCAUGUUGCUUGGAUGUGCUGCGAUUAUGGCCAUGGCUUUGGGCAUGCAUCGAGAAGGAACUUCGGGUGGAUUUGACAAACUUGAACGGGAAGUGCGGAAACGAGUUUGGUGGACGACAUACUCUUUUGAGCAAUAUCAAUGUGCGAUUCUGGGUAGACCAUGCGCCAUUGAUGAUGUGGAAGUCAAUGUGACCUUUCCAGAUGAGAUGGUUCUGGAUCAUGGCGAGUCUGUUCCUCAAGGAUAUGUUGAGCACUCUAUCAGAUUGGCUAAAUUAUUGUCGGACGUUCGAAGGAAUAUUUACGCUUCGCCGAGUAAGCCCAAUGAUCAAAAUGACACUCCAAAGUGUCCUGUUGCGAUCCAGUUUCUUCUAGAUCUCGAUACUUGGCAUCAUGGAUUACCGCCACAACUACGUUUGGAAUUCCUUUCGCAAAAUGCUAGACAUCGCAGAGCUGUGGUGUUGUUGCAUAUUCAGUUUCAUCACGUACAGUCACUUGUUACUCGUCCUUUUAUACUACGCAAGGUCGGAGUACAGCUUGCUCGACAAUUGGGACGACAUGUUCGUUCCCAGGAUCUCGAUAAUGAAGAGAUGAGAUUGAGUGAUGCCUGUGGGACAUGUUCCAAAAAGUCCGCACAAUUACUUCAGCAACUGUUGUCGAGCGGAACAUUUGACGGCAGAGCGUGGAUGGACGCUUAUUAUGUAUAUCAUUCAGUAUUUAUCCUAUCCCUGGAUUUUCUAGCCCGUCCCUGGAACGAGAAAGAUACAGAGGAAGAUCUGGCUCGCAAGACGGCCGUCAGAGACGUCAUGAGCGCGCUUGAAAAUGUCAAAUUAUGUCCGACUUUCACCAUCUUAACCCAAGUAUCACUUCAGCUCGCCAAAAUCGUCGGAAUCUUCGACGCGCGAUCAGAACAACAUGAAAAAGCCGAAGAAUUCCGCCGAUACAUGGAACAACAACAAGCAACAUUUACAUUCGACUACAACUACCAACCUCCCCAGACCGGCAACGGCAACGUCAUCAACGGCUGGUACGCACGCGGUCCCGUCGACCUCCCCUUCGAACUCAAAGAUUUCUUCGGCGCGGACUUCGAUUCGGGGGCCGUGGACAACAGUUUCCCUAUCACGGGGGUUAGCAUGCCGGGUUUUCAACAUGCGUAUGUCAAUAAUAUACCGCCGGUUAUUAGUGAGGAGGAGUUUAUUGCCACGGCGCCGCCGCCGUCGGCGUAUACGCACUGGGGUGCGAUUGAUACGCCGUUUGCGCAGCAGCAGCAGCAGCAGCAUGAUCGGAGUGCUUCGAUUCAUAGUCCGAAUGCGCCGAUGUUUCCGCCCGGGAUGAGCCAGGCGCCUUGA